AUGUUAAAAUCGCAUUUUAAUUUGCAAAAAGACGAAGUUGAAGAAAUUGAGGAGGAGCCAAUAUCGCCGGCAUAUCAUGAAGAACAAGUAGGGGAAAUAAGCCCUGACGAGGAACUGGUACCGGUAUUCAAGUUCCCCGAAAGACGGCUCAAUAAAGGCGAGAUAAACUCACGAUUGGGUGUCUUAGGAAAGAUAGCAUCAGGUGAUGGAUACACCUACUUAAAAGCAUCGUGUACCGGCAUGAAUUUAACAGACCUAUCGGCGUUCAAAACCUUCAAACAUCUUCAAUACAUAGAUAUAUCGAACAACAACAUCAAUUCAGAGAGUUUGCAAGUCCUGUCAGAAUUACCAUUCCUCUUAUUAAUACACGCAGAUAAAAACCAACUAACUUCAGGCUAUUUAAAACGUAUGAAAUACUUGCAAGUGAUAAUUUUUAAUAACAAUUUGAUAACGUCAGUAUAUGAUAUCUACCAACCAGUGAUGAGUACCGUUGAAGUUGGCUACAAUAAAAUUAAAACUAUACAAUUCGAAAAUCGUAUGCCAAACAUUAAAUGCCUCGAUUUCAGAUAUAAUUUUAUUGAAGACAUAUCAUACAUUGAUUUUCCUAAUUUAGAUAGCUUGUAUUUAGCUGGUAAUAAAAUAAAGAGUCUAGUCGGAAUAGAGAGAUUGAAGAAUUUAAGAAUUUUGCACGUGCGAAAUAACCCCAUAAAAUCGCUUAAUGGAUUUGAUUCGGAACACAAGAAACUGCAGUACAUCAAUCUGCGUAAUUGUAAAGUUUCUACGUUGAAGCAAGUUAAGAAGUUACGGGUGCUAACAGCCCUCGAAAUACUUGUUCUAAAGGGAUGCCCAUACAUGGGAGGGACUGGUGAAGAAGACGCUGAAAAUCCAGAAGAAGAAGACAAUGCUGAACUGAGAGUAGAAGUCUUAGCAGCACUUCCUCGAGUAAAAAGACUAAAUAAGGGUGCUGUAACUCCAGAGGAACGAACUGAAGCUAAUGAUUUAAUGAAGCAGUGGAUAGAAGAAGGAGAAAAUGAUGAAGAAGAAUUGGAAGAAGAAAAUCAUGAACAAGAAUCUAUAGAGGAACCAUAG